AUGGCCACGCUGAUCCAGCGCAUCGCCCGGCAGGCGCGUUUGACCUUCCGCCGGGGCAAUGGUGGCAGCGGCGGAGCGCCCGAGGCAGGAUUCCCAGACAACCUGCAGCAGCUCCAGCAGCUGCUGAGCCAGCUCCGCGCCGAGGACCUGAACAUCAGGCCGCGGCGCUGCGCCACGCUGCCCGGGCCUUCGCCGCCGCCGCCGCCGCCUUCGCACCUGCCGCCCGUCACAUACAUGCAUAUCUGCGAGACCGCCGAGUUCAGCCUGGGCGUGUUCCUGCUCAAGAGUGGCACAUCCAUCCCGCUGCACGACCACCCGGGCAUGUACGGCGUGCUCAAGGUGCUCUACGGCACGUUGCGGAUCAGCUGCCUGGACCCGUUGCCCCCGCCGCCGCCCCCCGCUGCGCCGCCGCCGCGCUUCGACCCCCCUCUUCGGGCUCGGCAGCGCGCCGUAGUACGCCGCGCCCUUCUGCGCUCUCGCGCCGAGUACACAGAGGCCAGCGCACCGUGUCUAUUGAGCCCUCAGCGGGACAAUCUACACCAGAUCGACGCCGUGGACGGGCCCGCCGCCUUCCUGGACAUCCUCGCCCCACCCUACGACCCCGACGACGGCCGCGACUGCAACUACUACAGACUACUGGAACCCGCGCGCGGGCCCCCCGCUGCUGCAGCCGCAGGCCCCGCCCCGGGUCCAGCCGCGCCCCCGACGCUGCCCCGGGAGGUAUGGCUGCUCGAGACGGCCGCGGCCGACUUCUGGUGCGAAGGCGAACCGUACCCGGGUCCCAAGGUCACUCCGUGAGCCGGGCCCCGGGGGGGCGGGCCGGCGCUUCCAUCCGAAAGCCAUAAUGAAUCUCCUGCCCCUCUACUCCCCCUCCCCGACAUAGACCACUUCCUCGGGACUGGUUUACGGCCCGCCCGCACCCCCCGGGGCGCCGACACUAACUACCGCCGCAAUCGUGUAAAAUCCCUGAAUCCUGGUCUCCAGGGAAGGAAAAGCUGGCUUUACUGCGGCGGAGGCCUCCACAAACCACGGUGCAAGCCACGUAGUUGCAAAAGCAAAUUCCUGUUAAUCUUUUUAAGAGCUGGGGCUGAGACCAGUCUAACUAUGCAUGCCUUGGGUGGACAGGACACUAGAUCCAGCGGCGGGGGCCCAUACUCCCCGCCGCCCCGAACGGGAUCCCCCAAUCUUGAUUCUUUUUCCCUUUUCUAAAACCUGUGUUUUGGGUAAUCGUGUGUCUCCCUGUCCAUCGGAGCACACCGAAGAGCUGCAUUUUUUAUGCUUCCAGGCAGUUGAAUGUAAACACCCCCCCACCUCCCCCAGCCUGCAGGGAAAUCGCAUACCCCCCCCCACUUCCAACAGUUUCCUGCCAAAGCUGAGAAAAUUAAUACGGUGACAAAUGUCUCUCUUUCCCUCCAAGACUAAUAAUCAAGUGACCUAAUGUGCCAGUGAACUGGGCUUCCAGCUGAUGGGUUCAGCAUGGUGCCAGGAGCUCUCCAGGAAGGAUAGCUAGAAAGGAGCCUGAGGCCUAGUGCGGACCUCAGCAGACCCCCAGGGUGCACAUGGGAUGGACCAGUGUAGUUAAAGGCACUGGGGUGUUAGACUCCAGCCUCCCCACCCCCUCAAUUAACUGUCAAUACCUGUGAUUAGGGGCUGUUUGGUUGGUUCUUCAUAGUCUUUUUUAACUAGGCAGCUGAGCAAUUUCACUUUGUAUACAGAUGUUUGAGACAAUUUGCUUCAGACUCGUGGAGCCCUAUUGUUUCCUUCUUUAUACUAUUUAUAGGACUUUUUCAUAGAACUUUUAAUAAAAAUGAGUUGUAGAAAUAAACUCCUUACAAUUUGCCCAGCUAUCGUGUAAGCAGUCUUGAUUGACUUGCAAAUGGGAAUGUUUGAGAUCCAACCUUUCUAAUAAGAGAAAAUAUUUUGCAGUUGGUGACAGAGGUUCAUCCUGCAGGAUAACUAUGUGCCUAUACCUCCUUGUGCAUCCGGGGUAGGGAAUCUCUGGAUUCCUUGCUUUGACAGAAGAAGAAAUGAGUAAAUCCCAUAAGGGAUCCUUUUAGUUUUCUUUUUUAAAUGCCUGCUGAAUUUAUGCCAUCCCACUGUUGGGGUAUUCCUAGACACACAUCCCCACAUCUUCACAUCUAUGUGUACUAACUAGUGUGGUUUGGGGGGAGGGGGGAAGGGCUGUGUUCAGACCUUUUUAUUGUAGUCUGAUAUCCUAGUGUGUGGUUUAACACACCCUUAGACAAUUCGGGGCAGCUCUUUACCUAGCUCAGAAAGCUGAAAUAUUAAAUACAAUCAAUGAUAUAUAUGCAACUUAAUUUACUUACAAAUGCAUUAAUAUUAAGUAAAAUGUGUUCAUUUGGUAAUUUUUUUAGCCCAGUGAUGAAUGUAUUAUGGUAUAUGGCAUACCUACUUUUGGAAAUACAUUGUGGAAUAAAAGCAAUUAACUUGGAUAAAGUGUUACUUGAAUUUAUGUAAAGUUCUACAAUAAUGCAACUGAUUCUAUUAAACUGACUUUUGCUCACUAAUUCUUCAGUGGGACAGCAAUUCUUCAUUCAAUUAAAUGAUAAGGUUCUCUGACAAGCAGCAGCUUUUUUCAGAAGUAAACCUAAAAUUGUGGUUGAUCAGAAAAAAAAAAACAAAACAGUUUCUUCCUUGUUUUGAUGUUCAGUGGAUUCUUGUUCUCCAAGACGACACAACUUGCCUUGGGUUCAGGGCAUUAAAGGAGGUGACCUCCGUGAACCUUUUCUAGAGUUUCUUAGGACUGAGAGGGCCACUGAGGAAGAGAAUCCCUCACUGAGGACAAAGAGCAGGGAGCAAAGAGAAGGCCAAAUGUUUCAGCCUGCACCUUGAUGCACUUAGUUGACUCCAAACGCUGCUAUGGGCUCCCACCUCCACCUGAUCUACUGUUUGACCACCAACUUACCGGAUUGUGGAUUGGACCUACCCCUAAGAAUUGAGGGCGUUUUCUUUUUCAUUAAAAUGGGAAAGACUAAUGAGCACAAUGAAAUGAUCUUUAAGACCUUUUCUCUGUUCCAUACAGAAAUGCAAUAAUUUCCUCUUAUGGGUGAGAAGUAUUCAAUAUAAAUGUUCCUAAAGCUCUUUCCCCCCUCCUCUAGUCCAAGUGUUUGUGUUAUUACUUUUGAGUGGAAGAUAGUAUGUAUGUACACUUCCUAUUUUGCAAGAACUGUUUUUAGCAAGCAUGCUUUGCAUGGAUUAAAAUGUGCCUGAGUUGCUAUUUUAUUAAUGAAAAUGCUGGUGUAUUCAAGUGGCAUGCAUGGAGUUGACUCCUUGAACUCUUACAUUAACUGCUGUGACUUCCUGUCCACCUGUUUUUCUCUCCUUUUACUACCUUAAUUUUCCUUAAAGCUGCCUUACCCAAUCUAGUCAUUCUCAGUGGUUCUGGGACUUUUUAGACUGCUUCUGCGUCCCAGAGAGCGGCAAUGUCUGUCUCACUUAGUACAUGUUCGCCUCAGAUAGUCCUCAGUGAUCAAACGUCAGACGGGUUAUGUUAUUCCACUUUAAUGAUGUAUAAAAUAAAUUGGAAGGUUGAGACCAUUUAAAGCAGCUUGUGACAGUUGCAAUAGAGAGACCCAUUACUCAGGAUGCACUGAAGCCCCUGGUAUCAAUGAGUGCGGUUUCUAACGGGACUGUUGGGAGUUUCUGGAUUUCAGUAUUAGAAUAAAAACUCAGCAUACCCUUUGGAAAAGACAUGUACAAUGUUUGGCUUGCUCAUUUUAGUCACUAAUUAAGAUUGCCUAAACCAGGGGUUCUUAACCUUUUUUGUAUGUGUCUAGGAUUCCUCAAAAUAAUAUUUUUGAAUGCACAAAAUAAGAUCUGGAGAACUAUUACAAAGGAAACCAAUUAUACUGAAUUGGUCAACAAAAAAUUUUCUUUUAAUUUCUUGGACACCAGUUUAAGAACCCUUAGCACUGCUGUCCCUUUCCCCUGCCCAGGUAGUAUCUGCUUCAACAAACAUUUAAGGAGCCUUCAAGCUCUCUAUGUGGCUUUAAGGCAUCAGAUGGGAAACAGCUGAAACUGCAAUUUAAAAAGCACAAUAUUUGCCUCAACAGAAGAAAUCCUUUCUCUGUUUAACAGCAAGGCCUAUUGGCCUGCCUAAGAAAUCUGUGUAUCAUGGAAGAACGAAGCCGUGUGACUUGGAUGUCUUUCCUCCUUUUGUUUUGUUGUGUGCAGCCCUUGUUGAGGGGCCAGUCAGCCUCUUGGCAUCUCCCUGUCCCCUCUCAUGGCCAUUAGCUGCCAUGCCAGUGUUCAUAUUUAUAAGCCAGUUUCAUUUCUUCCCUUUUCCCCAGCUGUUGGGAUGCUGAAAUAAAGGAGCGUACUGGUUUCAACUCCUCAAA